AUGCCAGCAGUUCCGGAGACACUGGUGCAACGGGCGGGGGUGGCGGCGCUGGAGCACUUCGAAUCAGCGAUAUCGCUUGCCGAGCGCGAGGUGAUGGACGCAGUAUCAACGCUUGUGCGACGGAUAAACAUACCAGUUAAUGACACGAGUCCGCCUGGAUUAAUCGAAGCCAACACGCGGGACCCGUGGAACAAGAGCGGCAAAUAUGCAUUGGCCUACGUCUACUUCUGCAUACCGCUGCUCGUUGUCGCAGGCCUGUCGCGGUACUAUCACCUGUUCACGGAUAAGGUCCGGACCGCACUACGCCAAGAAGAGGUACUGAAGUCCUCGAAAACAUCUUCCCCAGACACAGAUUACGAACUGUCGGUCCUUGAUACUGACAAGUCUACCAUGAAGUUCUUCCCGCGGGAAGGCGCGCUACCUAGCCCGCCGAAAUCGCAGUCGAGCGUUUCCUCUGUAGCGCCCGUCAACAAUUGCGUGGCGUUCUUCCGGUUCAUCUUCUACCGACCGCUUCGAGAAGUCCAUCUCCGGAAAGGAUGGAGACCCCUGGUUUUCCCUGCCCCGGCCGCCAUCGUCAUCGUGCUAGCUGCCACAGUUUUGGGGAUGCUGUAUUGCUUCCUUCCGCAGCCGCUCUUCUGGCAAAGCAUCGCUUUUGGGUCGCCUCCCGUCGCUGUUAGGUCCGGUAUGAUGGCUGUAGCGCUGCUACCCUGGAUCGUCGGACUCUCCAUGAAGGCGAAUCUCAUCACCCUAAUAACGGGCAUCGGCCACGAGCGCCUAAACGUGUUGCAUCGAUGGGCGGCGUAUUUGUGUCUCGUCCUGAGCAUCAUCCAUACAGUGCCUUUCUACAUUACUCCGGUUUGGGAAAAGGGGGCUCGGCAUGUCUUUCAGUCCUUCUUCAGUACCGCCGGAUUCUAUCCCUAUGGCACUGGAAUCGCCGCGCUUGUCCCGCUCUGCUUCCUCUGUGUGCACUCUCUCGAACCUCUGCGCCAUUGGAUGUACGAACUCUUCGUCACGCUCCACGUCCCCGUAGCCAUAGUCUUCCUUGGAAUGAUGUUCUGGCAUUGCCACAACUACCUCACCUCGUGGGACUACCUAUUCGCGACCCUCGGUAUCUGGCUAGUGUCAUAUGUUAUGCGCGUUUUCUACCUGAACUGGGCAAACCCCUUCCGGAUGUCUUGGCUGAUCGGGGACGAGGCCGCUGUAACCAUCAUGCCAGAAAAUGCAAUCAAGAUCACCAUCCCGACUCAGAUGAAGUGGAGACCUGGACAGUACGUCUAUCUACGGAUGCCCGGCAUUUCUGUCUUCGAGAACCACCCCUUUACCAUCGCAUCACUAUGCAGCGACGACUUCCCUUCGGAGUAUGGCGAAGGCUACCGAGACAUGGUUCUCGUCUUCCGGCCUUUUGGCGGCUUUACCAAGAAAGUUCUCCGGAGCGCUGUUGAGCACGGACCCUGGCAUACAUAUCGGGCCUUCAUAGACGGCCCGUAUGGCGGCAUGCAACGACGCCUCGAAGCCUUCGACGACGUUGUCUUGAUCGCUGGCGGCAGCGGCAUUACCGCUAUCGUCUCCCAGCUGCUCUCCCUCAUCAAGAAGAUGCGUGACGGCAAAGCAGUAACGCGGAAAGUGCACGUCAUCUGGGCACUCAAACGUCCCGAAACGAUGGAAUGGUUUAAAGAAGAACUGCGCAUCUGCCGCGAAUACGCCCCCCCAGAAUCCGUCGAAUGCCAAUUCUACAUCACCACGGCAAAGCGCAACGCAGGCGGCCGCCUCGUCAGCGCAAAAACCCCCACCCGCCCCGUCUCCCUCUACUUCCACGACAAAGUCAACGACGCUUUCCAAAACAUCGCCGACCACCGCGCCUCGGGCCUCUCCGGCAUCUCGUCAAAGCGGCACUCAGCCCUCAUCCGUGAAGAAGCUGCCGGCGAUCCCGAGAAAGAGAAGGAACUCCGGCGCGAAAACGAAGAUUCCAUCACCGCCCUUCCGCAAGCCCACCUCCUCCCCGUAAACCGCAACCACCUCACCCCCUCAAACUCAAACCCGGACCUCAUCUCCCCCGAGCCCCGCUCUAUCGCCGCCCGCCGCCAAGACCGCAAUCUCUCCCUCGACAUCACGCAAGCCAUCGAGUCCGGCACCGGCGCCGUCGACCCGUCCAUUCUCAUUUCCUCGCCUGCCUCCGCACAUCCCAGCAACCCUGUUCAGGGCUUCGACUUCGGCUUCCCGUCCACGCCCACCGAGUUCCAGAAGAACCUCAUGCGGUUUGCCUUCCUGCCGGCCGCGGUCAAGAAGAAGGACGGCUGGAGCACCGAGUACGGACGGCCGGAUCUGAAGUAUAUGCUGCGCGAGCUGGGCAAGGGGUUUGGAAGGCGCACGUGUGUGUUUGUGUGUGGGCCGCCGGGGAUGCGCGUUGCGGUGUCUGAGACGGUGGCGGAGCUGCAGAGGAGUGUAUGGAAUGACAGCGGGCGGGAUGAGAUUUUCAUGCAUACGGAGAAUUAUGCGCUGUAA